CCUGCUUCCUCUGUAGAGUUUCCAAUACUACGGUAGCAACAAUGGCAGCUGUUAAAGAGAUGCUUUUGGAAACCCUGAAUGAUUUGAGUUAUCAGCAGUUAAAGAAAUUCAAGGACGUCCUGCAGUUGACCGUCUCCCAGAAGGACCUCCAAGACAUCUCACUGAAAUUGACUGACACAGAAAACAGUGCAGACAUAUUGAAUCUGAUGUUGCAGAACUAUGGCCAACAGUCUGUGGAUCUGACUGUGAGGAUUUUCAAGAAAAUGAACAGAUCAGAUUUGGUUCAGAGGUUAUCAAACACCAGCUCUUAUAAAGAGAUGCAGAGGUCUUCACUGCUCCAGAAAGACGUUACAAUGACACCAGCAAAGGAGAAGCUUUUGGAAACACUGGAAGAAUUAAGUCUCACUGAGAAAUUCAAGGGGCUCCUGCAGGACCCUCCACUGAGAGGCUCCCAAAGACUCGGAAAAAGUAGAAAGACGGAUCUGGUGCAGAGUUUGUCAGACACCAGCUCACGAUCCAAAGGGCCUUCAGGAAGCUCGGAGUUUGAGGCUCGUGGAAACAUUACGGACUCCAGUGACUGGACUACAGUUGAACCUGAAGUGAUCAGAACAGAUGCAGAUGAGGCUCCAACUUACAGCCUACAGUCUGAAGCAGGAAAGUUUGAAUGCAGUGUGUCAGACCUGCGAUGGGUCUGUGAAGAAAAGGUCAGCUUUAAGUACCAGUUCUGCUCUUGGGAAGAACACGUGGAGAGAAUGAAAAGCUUACAAUACAUGCCUGCAGGUCCCCUACUGAACAUCAAAGUCACUGCUGGGAAGUUAAAUGAAGUGCACCUGCCACACUGGAUCUGCACAGAUGACUCCACAAUAUUAGACAAGUUUGCUGUCCUACACAUAGAUGGCUGUGGAGAUGUUGUUGAAGACGUGUCUGAGGUCACAUCAUCCCAUGUCAAGUUAUCUGAACCAAGUUUCUCUCUCAGAGGGGUUCUGAUGUAUCUUGGCUUUGCAGUGAAAAUGAAGUGCAACGUGUUAAUAUACUAUAACCCUAACACACCACCCCUCAAUCUACAUGUGUAUCUGAUCCCACAUGCUCGUACGCUAAAAAAGAUGGUGCACAAGAAGGAAUUCUUAAACGGAUACGAAGUGAUCGAUAAGCCACGUCCAAACAAAUACCUGAAAAUGCGCCAUGACUUCACCCUCGAAGCAGACUUCACAGCAGACACAAGUCAAUCGGACUUCAUAGCAGACAUCACAGCAAAAAUUAUACCAGAGAAAUUAACCCUCAGAUAUGACAGCAAAGGCCCAAAUUUCUUUGAAGUGUUCAUUGAAAAUCCAGACAGAGACUUCGACCUUAAACUCUUCUACAGUUAUAAACAGGAGGGUAAACCAGUGUGGACCUGUAGAAUUCGAAAAGUUGACUUUCUAAAUUCUGGUCAUUCAGAAGAUGUGGGAUCCUCAAGUGGAGCAACUGGUGGAGCGGCCUCGGUUGAAGGCAGUUUCACAGUCAGCUACAAGCCCAAGAAGUAAAGAGACAAGACUUUAAGAAACCUCAUCCCACCAGGACUCCCAUGCAUCUAAUGGAACAAACUGGAGAACACAGACAUAUUAGAUGUGGUGGAUCUGAUGGAGCAGAUCUACAGCCAACAGGCUGUGGAGGUGACCAAGAUGCUUUUCAAAGAAAUAGACAGGAAUGAUCUGGUGAAGCUGUUGUGAGACACCAGCUCAAAAAAAGAAACUAAAACACAGAAGUGGCCUGUUCAGUGGCAAAAACAAUCCCAUUUUUGCUGCUAAUCCAAUUAAUUAUAUUAUUAAAGAACAUUUAGACCUGAUCAAACAAACAAUUUAAGGAGUCAUAUUUUACAAGUCUUCCAUAUUUUAUUGUAUUUCCCAGUGAUCCACUCAGAACAAUUUUUUUUACAAAAUCAUGCUAGCUUCUAGCAUCCUCGCCACUUUCACCAGAUUCAUGUUGGAGAAAUUCAGCCAAAAAAAUCAGUGUUUUUUUAGUUAUUUGGGGUCGACGUCUGUUCAUUUUUUAGGUGGAACACAUUAGUAAAAUACUCUUCUCGGCUUUUUACUCGCAAAGCUUUUAUUACACUUAUAGUAACAUAGCAAGUAUAGUUGUCGUCAACUCGAAACUUUUAAGCCGAAAAGUAGAAUUCAUGGCAGAGCUGUUGUAUUGGUUUGCAUUAGAUUGUACAGGUGUACCUAAUAAAGUGGCAGGUGAGUGUAUAAGCUUUUUAUGUACAUUUUUGCUCUAUUCUUUAGUAUAUUUUGUUCCUUUUGAUCUUAUUUUAUCUUAAUAUUUUUAAAUGUCUUUUUAUAAUGCUUUGUUGUUUUACUGGAUAUCUUGUCUUAAUACCUUUUUGUUGAAAGGUGCUAUAGAAAUAAAUAGCGUUGCCUAUGAAUGUACUGUAACCUUUGAAAUUACCAGGCGGCAACAAUGGAGCUGUUUACUACAUGAGGGUCAUUCAAUAUAUUUUCUAUUUUAAAAUCUAUAAUAAAUUCCCUCAUUGUUAUGUUUGGUUCUGAUUAUUUGAGAGAAUGAAGUUGCCUAAAAAUAUAUAUGGUGCAAGUUUAUUGAUGUGACAGAGAGUCACAUGUUUUUACCUCCAAGUUCUUCAAAAUGUGCACACUGAUCAUAACUUUCAUUUGUGUCUGUAAUUAUUCAAAGGGUUUCAAUUCCUCACUGAUAUGAUGAAAUUGAGGUGAAUAUUGCCAGUAAGAUAAUAUUCAUGUUUAAACUGAUGCAUUAAAGUGCUGUAAUGUCAUAAAGGA